AGGUUUUCAGGAAAAUGGCUCAUAAGCAGGCGAGUACAAGUAUUUUUGUUGGAUUGAACAAGGGCCAUAUUGUUACCAAGAAGGAGUUGGCUCCACGCCCCUCCAGUCGUAAAGGGAAAACAAGCAAGCGUGUGCACUUUGUAAGGAACCUCAUCCGCGAGGUUGCUGGCUUUGCACCCUCUGAAAAGCGAAUCACUGAAUUGCUGAAGGUGGGAAAGGGUAAGAGGGCACUGAAAGUUGCAAAGAGAAAGCUUGGAACCUACAAGCGCGCAAAGAAGAAGCGUGAGGAGAUGUCUAAUGUUCUUCGAAAGAUGAGGGCUGGUGGAACAGGUGAUAAGAAGAAAUAAGUAGAAGAUAAGUUUUGUUUUGGUUCAACUAUCUAGUGUGCUCUUACUUCUAGAGAUAUUUUGAUUUAUGAUUUAUGGAAAGUGCAGUUGGAUUAAUCUCUGCUCUAAUAUAAAAUAGGGAAAAUCUUUUUCAAUUCAACAUUUGUUGUCUGUUCCACUUUUGCAUUAGGAAUAAAAAAGAGUUUACUCAUUAUUCAAAAAACUAAAAA